AUGGCCGCCAGCUUCUGGGAAUCGACCCAGCGUCGCUUCUGGAUAUUCAACAAGGACGAGAUAGGCAGGACACGGGAAAAGCUCAAGGAAGAUGAGCAGAACUUGGUGCACAUGUUCCCCCUGCCCGAAUGGAGACACCUCAGCAUCUACUUCAACCAGCAGGUCACUCGCCUCGCUCGACGGCUGGCCCUUCGGCAACAAGUGGUAGCUACUGCUCAGAUGUACAUCAAACGCUUCUAUACAAAGGUUGAAGUUCGUCGAACCAAUCCGUAUCUUGUCUGUGCGACGGCGCUGUACCUGGCAUGCAAGAUGGAGGAGUCACCUCAACACAUUAGGCUUGUAGUUCAGGAGGCUCGAUCCCUUUGGCCAGACUUCCUCACUCUGGACAUGUCAAGACUAGGCGAAUGCGAAUUCUUCCUUAUUUCCGAAAUGAGCGCCCAGAUGAUCAUACACCAACCCUACCGAACUCUAACGACUCUACAGUCCGACUUCUACCUCUCCCAGGAUGAGAUAAACCUCUCCUGGUCCAUAAUCAACGACCACUAUAUGACCGAUCUGCCUCUCCUCUAUCCGCCUCACAUUAUCGCACUCACCGCCAUCCUGCUGUCACUGGUUCUCCGACCGAAUCCCGUGCCAGGCGGGCAGGCAACCGGCAUGGCAGCGGCACAAGCAGCUUUGGCUCAGGCACAAGGAGCCAGAGGGCUGGUCUCUGGAAUGAGCAGUGGCCAGACCACCCCAGUUGGUUCUACAGAAAAGGACAAGUCAAACGAGGCAAGGGUCGGGAAGCUGCAGCGAUUUGCGGCCUUCCUCGCAGAAAGCAAUGUUGAUAUCGAAGGCAUGGUUGACUGUACGCAGGAGCUGAUAUCAUUCUACGAAGUCCACGAGCAGUACAAUGAUAAGGCAGUCAGGGACCAGGUCAACAGAUUCAUCAAAGCCCGAGGAUUAGACAAGGGCUGA